AUGAAUCUACUGUCAGUCUUCUUACCUAACCCUGUCUCCUCAGGGUUUCGUUCUGGAGCAGGAGUGUUACCAGACGGCCCCCUGAAAGGAGCAUUAGGAAAGAGUGUGACAUUUACUACAACCAUUGAUCCACCAGACCUGCCAUUUGUAACAAUAGCCUGGAUUUUUAAUAUGUCCACCACUAUAAUAUCGACCAGGCCCCUACCUGGUAGUGACACUAUAGGGUCUGGAUACAAAGACAGGAUCUUUCUGAACAGAUCCAGUGGAUCUCUGGAUCUCAGGAAUCUCUCCCAGAAUGACACUGGAGAGUACAGACUGACCAUUACACCAGCUGUGGGAGAUUUACUAACUGGAGACACAACAGUGAAGGUGUAUGGUGAGUACUUUCUGUUGCGUUGCAGCAGCUGCACCUCAUAGACUACUCUUACAGUCACAUAGCCACAAAUAGAUUAGUACAUUUUCCUGUGAGACUGCCAAUACUUUGCACAUUGGGUAUUGUAGGAUAUACAGUGUAUUCGGAAAGUAUUCAGACCCUUUACUCAUUACUUUGUUGAAGCACCUUUGGCAGCGAUUCAAUCAAUCAAUCAAUUUUAUUUUAUAUAGCCCUUCUUACAUCAGCUAAUAUCUCGAAGUGCUGUACAGAAACCCAGCCUAAAACCCCAAACAGCUAGUAAUGCAGGUGUAGAAGCACGGUGGCUAGGAAAAACUCCCUAGAAAGGCAAAACCUAGGAAGAAACCUAGAGAGGAACCAGGCUAUGAGGGGUGGCCAGUCCUCUUCUGGCUGUGCCGGGUGGAGAUUAUAACAGAACCAUGCCAAGAUGUUCAAAAAUGUUCAUAAGUGACAAGCAUGGUCAAAUAAUAAUCAGGAAUAAAUCUCAGUUGGCUUUUCAUAGCCGAUCAUUAAGAGUUGAAAACAGCAGGUCUGGGACAGGUAGGGGUUCCAUAACCGCAGGCAGAACAGUUGAAACUGGAAUAGCAGCAAGGCCAGGCGGACUGGGGACAGCAAGGAGUCACCACGGCCGGUAGUCCCGACGUAUGGUCCUAGGGCUCAGGUCUCUCAGUUGGCUUUUCAUAGCCGAUCAUUAAGAGUUGAAAACAGCAGGUCUGGGACAGGUAGGGGUUUCGUAGCCGCAGGCAGAACAGUUGAAACUGGAAUAGCAGCAAGGCCAGGCGGACUGGGGACAGCAAGGUGUCAUCAUGCCCGGUAGUCCUGACGUAUGGUCCUAGGGCUCAGGUUCUCAGAGAGAAAGAGAGAACGAGAGAAUUAGAGAGAGCAUACUUAAAUUCACACAGGACACUGGAUAAGACAGGAGAAGUACUCCAGGUAUAACCAACUAACCCCAGCCCCCCGACACAUAAACUACUGCAGCAUAAAUACUGGAGGCUGAGACAGGAGCGGUCCGGAGACACUGUGGCCCCAUCCGAAGAAAACCCCCGGACAGGGCCAAACAGGAAGGAUAUAACCCCACCCACUCCGCCAAAGCACAGCCCCCGAGUCUUCUUGGGCAUCACGCUACAAGCUUGGCACACCUGUAUUUGGGGAGUUUCUCCCAUUUUUCUAUGCAGAUAUUCUCAAGCUCUGUCAGGUUGGAAGGGGAGCGUCGUUGCACAGCAAUUUUCAGGUCUCUCCAGAGAUGUUAGAUCGAGUUCAAGUCUGGGCUCUGGCUGGGCCACUCAAGGACAUUCAGAGACUUGUCCCCAAGCCACUCCUGCGUUGUCUUGGCUGUGUGCUUAGGGUCGUUGUCCUGUUGGAAGGUAAUCCUUCGCCCCAGUCUGAGGUCCUGAGCACUCUGGAGCAGGUUUUCAUCAAGGAUCACUCUGUACUUUGCUCAGCUCAUCUUUCCCUCGAUGCUGACUAGUCUCCCAGUCCCUGCCGCUGAAAAACAUCCCCACAGCAUGAUGCUGCCACCACCAUGCUUCACCGUAGAGAUGUUGCCAGGUUUCUUCCAGACGUGAAUCUUCGCAUUCAGGCCAAAGUGUUCAAUCUUGGUUUCAUCAGACCAGACAAUCUUGUUUCUCAUGGCCUUUUGGCAAACUCCAAACGGGCUGUCAUGUGCCUUUUACUGAGGAGUGGCUUCCGUCAGGCCACUCUAUCAUAAAGGCCUGAUUGGCGGAGUGCUGCAGAGAUGGUUAUCCUUCUGGAAUGUUCUCCCAUCUCCACAUAGGAACUCUGGAGCUCUGUUAGAGUGACCAUCGUGUCCUUGGUCACCUCCCUGACCAAUGCCCUUCUCCCCGAUUGCUUCAGUUUGGCUGGACGGCCAGCUCUAGGAAGAGUCUUGGUGGUUCGAAACCUCUUACAUUUAAGAAUGAUGGUGCCCACUGUGUUCUUGGGGACUUUCAAUGCUGCAGAAAUGUUUUGUACCCUUCCCCAGAUCUGUGCCUUGACACAGUCCUGUCUCAGAACUCUACGGACAAUUCCUUCGACCUCAUGGCUUGGUUUUUGCUCUGACACACUGUCAACUGAGGGACCUUAUAUAGACAGGUGUGUGCCUUUCCAAACUAAUCCGGAUGCUUAUAAGAAAUCCCGCUAUGCCCUCAGAUGAACCAUCAAACAGGCAAAGCUUCAAUACAGGACUAAGAUUGAAUCCUACUACACCGGCUCUGAUGCUUGUCGGAUGUGGCAGGGCUUGCAAACUAUUACGAUCUACAAAGGGAAACCCAGCCGCGAGCUGCCCAGUGACGCGAGCCUACGAGAUGAGCUAAAUGCUUUUUAUGCUCGCUUCGAGGCAAGCAACACGGAAGCAUGCAUGAGAGCACCAGCUGUUCCAGACGACUGUGUGAUCACAUUCUAUGUAGCCGAUGUGAGCAAGAUCUUUAAACAGGUCAACAUUCACAAGGCUGCGGGACCAGACAGAUUACCAGGACGUGUACUCAGAGCAUGCGUGGACCAACUGGCAAGUGUCUUCAUGUCACGAUCGUUGAGAGACGGGUCAGACCAAGGUGCAGCGUGGAAUGCGAACAUGUUUAUUAAAUCAAAUAAACAUUAAACAAAAACAAGAAACAACGUAACGUGAAGUCCUCAGGCUAAACACAUACAAGCCUAACACGGAACAGGAUCCCACAGUAAAGGUAGGCAAACAGGCUACUUAAGUAUGAUCCCCAAUCAGAGACAACGAGUUACAGCUGUCUCUGAUUGGGAAUCACACACGGCCAAACAUAGAAAUACAAUACCUAGAACAAAAACAUAGAAUUUGUAGCAUAGAAUCUCACGCCCUGACCAAACCAACUAAAGACAACAGGCCUCUCAAGGUCAGGGCGUGACAGUACCCCCCCCCCCCCCCCCCCCAAAGGUGGUACGAGGUAACUGAGGUAGAUACACUGUACAGUAUUUACAGAACUAUGUGGACACCCCUUCAAAUUAGUGGAUUUGGCUAUUUCAGCCACACCCGUUGCUGACAGGUGUAUAAAAUCGAGCACACAACCAUGCAAUCUCCAUAGACAAACAUUGGCAGUAGAAUGGCCCUACUGAAGAGCUCAGUGACUUUCAACGUUGCACCGUCAUAGGAUGCAACCUUUCCCACAAGUCAGUUCGUCAAAUUUCUGCCCUGCUAGAGCUGCCCCGGUCAACUGUAAGUGCUGUUAUUGUAAAGUGUAAAUGUCUAGGACUAACAACGGCUCAUCCGCGAAGUGGUAGGCCACACAAGCUCACAGAACGGGGCGGCCAAGUGCUGAAACGCGUAGUGCGUAAAAAUCAUCUGUCCUCGGUUGCAACAAUCACUACCGAGUUCCAAACUGCCUCUGGAAGCAACGUCAGCACAAUAACUGUUCGUCGGGAGCUUCAUGAAAUGGGUUUCCAUGGCCAAGCAGCCGCAUACAAGCCUGCACAAUGCCAAGCGUCGGCUGGAGUAAAGCUCGCCGCCAUUGGACUCUGGAGUAGUGGAAACGCGUUCUCUGGAGUGAUGAAUCACACUUCACAAUCUGGCAGUCCGACGGACGAAUCUGGGUUUGGCGGAUGCGAGGAGAACAACAAAAUGGAAAUUUCACAUUUACAUAAGUAUUCAGACCCUUUACUCAGUACUUUGUUGAAGCACCUUUGGCAGCGAUUACAGCCUCAAGUCUUCUUGGGUAUGACGCUACAAGCUUGGCACACCUGUGUUUGGGGAGUUUCUCCCAUUUUUCUCUGCAGAUAUUCUCAAGCUCUGUCAGGUUGGAUGGGGAGCGUCGUUGCACAGCAAUUUUCAGGUCUCUCCAGAGAGUUCAAGUCCGGGCUCUGGCUGGGCCACUCAAGGACAUUCAGAGACUUGUCCCGAAGCCACUCCUGCGUUGACUUGGCUGUGUGCUUAGGGUCAUUGUCCUGUUGGAAGGUGAACCUUCGCCCCAGUCUGAGGUCCUGAGCGCUCUGGAGCAGAUUUUCAUCAAGGAUCUCUCUGUACUUUGCUCUGUUCAUCUUUCCCUCGAUCCUGACUAGUCUUCCAGUCCCUGCCGCUGAAAAAUAUCCCCACAGCCACCACCAUGCUUCACCAUAGGGAUGGUGCUAGAUUUCCUCCAGAUGUGACGCUUGGCAUUCAGGCCAACGAGUUCAAUCUUGGUUUCAUCAGAUCAGAGAAUCUUGUUUCUUUAGGUGCCUUUUGUCCAACUCCAAGCGGCUGUCAUGUGCCUUUUACUGAGGAUUGGCUUCCGUCUGGCCACCCUACCAUGAAGGCCUGACUGGUGGAAUGCUGCAGAGAUGGUUGUCCUUCUGGGAAGGUUCUUCCAUCUCCACAGAGGAACUCUGGAGCUCUGUCAGAGUGACCAUCGGACUCUUGGUCACCUCCCUGACCAAUGCCCUUCUCCCCCGAUUGCUUCGUUUGGCUGGAUGGCCAUCUCUAGGAAGAGUCUUGGUGGUUCCAAACUUCUUCCAUUUAAGAAUGAUGAAGGCCACUGUGUUCUUGGGGACCUUCAAUGCUUCAGAAAUGUUUUGGUACCCUUCCCCAGAUCUUUGCCUUGACACAGUUCUGUCUUGGAACUCUAUGGACAAUUCCUUCGACCUCAUGGCUUGAUUUUUGCUCUGACAUGCACUGUCAACUGUGGGACCUUAUAUAGACAGGUGUGUGCCUUUCCAAAUCAUGUCCAAUCAAUUGAAUUUACAACAGGUGGACUCCAAUGAAGAUGUAGAAACAUCUCAAGGAUGAUCAAUGGAAACAGGAUGCACCUGAGCUCAAUUUUGAGUCUCAGAGUUAAGGGUCUGAAUACUUAUGUAAAUAAGGUAUUUCAGGUUUUUAUUUUUUAUAAAUUUGCAAGAAUUUCUACGCGCUUAAUAUGGAAGUGGUCCGAUGAAGCGUAGGCUAAACUACAGGACUGUUUUUCCAGCACAGACUGGAAUAUGUUCCCAGAUUAAUCCGAUGUUAUUCAGUCACCGGCUUCAUUUGUAAGUGCAUCGAUGACAUCGUCCCCACAAUGACUGUACAUACAGUACAUAUCCCAACCAGAAGCCUUGGAUUGCAGGUAACAUCCACACUGAGCUAAAGGCUAGAGCUGCCGCUUUCAUGGAGCGGGACACUAAUGUGAACGCCUAUAAGAAAUCCCGCUGUGCCCUCCGACAAACCAUCAAAUAGGUAAAUUGUCAACAGAGGACAAAGAUCGAAUCCUACUACACCAGCUCUGACGCUCGUCGGAUGUGGCAGGGCUUGCAAACUAUCACGCAUUACAAAGGGAAACCCAGCGCGAGCUGCCCAGUGACGCGAGCCAACCAGAAUGAAGAUGUUGUCAUAGCUUUGAGAGCUCUUCUGCACCUAUUACACUUCUAAAGUUAAUCAUUUGCUUUGUGUUUUCAGGCAACUGUUACUGUAUGACAAUACAAUAUAUAAUCUAUAUUGUAAUCUAGGCUACAAUCUGUAUUAUCAAACCAACCUAUCUGAUUCAUAUAACCCUUAUCCUUCACAGAACUCAUAUAUUGUGCUACCAUUACAACUUCCCCAAACCCUCCAAUUAUCGAGGGGAGCUCUGUCAACUUUACCUGUGAUGCUUCUGGCUCCAUCAACAGCAGAGAGUGGAUGAAGGCUGGUCAGCUUCUGUCUGCUGGUGACAAUAUCAUCAUCUCUGAGGAUAAGAGAGUGCUGUCCAUAAACCCUGUGAAGAGAACAGACAGUGGAGAAUACCUGUGUAGAGUCAGAAACCCUGUCAGCUCUACAAAUGCCAGUGACACUGUGAAUGUAAUCUGUAAGUACUUCCCUAUAAGCCUGGGGAUAAAUGUACCAGAUAAAUGUACCCAAUAUACCAUCAACAUGUGCACGUGAAAAUAAUAUAACAAUGAAUGAACACAAACUUUACACCAACCAUUAUGAAUCCAACAUCACAAUGAUUACAAACUAAUAAACUUGCAGAUAUGACUAACUGGUGAUCUCUGUGUUACAGAUGGACCUGAUGGUAUGGAAAUCAAGGUUCCAAAUGAAAUAGAAGUAGGACAGAAGUUUACAUUGACCUGCUCUGCUGACUCCAACCCCACUGCGAACUACACCUGGAUGCUUAAUGGAACAGAGAUACCUCGACAUUCACCUGAAUUCACUAAAGAGAAGAGUGAAUACUCUGACAGUGGGGAUUACACCUGUACAGCAACAAAUGAUGUCACUGGAAACGAAAUAUCUGAAGUCCGUAAACUGUCAGUAAAAGGUAAAGUAAGCAGAAGUUUUGAAGACAAUAUGAACAUAGUAAGUAGAUAAUAAUUACAUGUUUAUUGAUCUCCAACUUGCAUAGCAUACAAUAGGCUAUUUGGCUAUGUAAAUAUGUAAUCUGCAUAAUGAUAUCUAUUUCAAAACCUGCUGCUGAUAUGCUGUGUAAGAAUGUUCCAUACAGAAAACUUGAUGCAAGAGGAUUCAUUCGUAUUAGUUUUGCAUUUCAUGCCUUUAGGUGUAUUUACUGUGUUGUAAUUGUCACCUAGAUGCACUGUAAUGUGCAGUACUGAUUGUUCACUGUGUGUAGCCUUUCUCUCAUCUCUCUAUGGGUCUCUCCCUGGUCUCUGCAACGGAGGGCUCUCUAACUCCAGGUCUGUCUGCUGAUGCCAUCGCUGGGAUUGUGAUUAUAGUGUUGCUGGUUGUGGGAGUGGCAGUUGGUGUGGCAGUCUACUUCAUGAAGAAAAAGGAGUGA